AUGCUCAUUCUCUGGUCGAUAUGCGGCGUGCCAUUUGGUGUCUACGCGAUUGUUCAGAACUUCAACUUUGCUCUCAAAUUCCAACCCCAAGCCUUCGCCUCCCUCACCUUAAUCGCAUGGGGUCAAACGCUCUACUACCAUAACAAAUGGCGUGUCUGGACCGCUACUCUUGCGACCAUUGCUCUGGCUGCUAGCUUCGGUAUCAUGGAGCUCAUUCUCAUUCUCACCCUGCGUGGGCCAUAUUCCCGAGGCGUCGAAUGGCCUAUGAUGUUGAUGGCUAUCUCUGCAUCCGUCAUCCAAGUCAUCGGCCUCAUUCCUCCGUAUUUUGAACUCGCGAAGAGAAACGGUCGCGUUAUCGGCAUUGACUUUUGGUUCCUGACCAUCGACUACCUCGGCGCCUUCUUCUCCCUCAUGGCUGUUGUCGCACAACAGUGGUUCGAUGCCCUCGGCGCCAGUCUCUACAUCGCGUGCAUGGCCCUCGAAACCGGUAUUUUCGUUUCCCAGGCAAUCUGGCUGUGGCGCGUACGCCAUGUCCGCAAGGAGGCGAAGAAGGCGGGUAAGACGUACGAUGAGUAUGUCAAGGAUAACCAAGGAAAGAAGUUGCCGAGGUGUGGAAGUGAGGAGACAUUCGUCGAUGUUGAAGCGGGUGCCGAAGGCGUAGGAUGUGAAAAAAAGACGACGACGAUUGGAGGCGGGGAGUAUGAUGCAGGCAAUGAAAAAGCCGACGUGAAAGCUUCCACGACACGAGAGGAAGGUCGCGAUAUGUUGGCGGCGGAUGCGACACCUACAGCGACAUCGCCAUCGACACCGACUCUGAUAUUUGCAUCGAUGACGAGCGCGACAUCGUCCGAAACACUCCAGACACCACCGGCUGCUGUCUUGAAGUCCAGCACAUCUAGCUGA